CCUCAUUUGGCUAUUACGGCACAGCGAUAUGGCGGUUGUUCUCUCCCUUGGCAGCCAUAAACCUUUACCUGCCGUGGCUCACUCCCAAUACCCCAAUUUCAAACCCCUCAAUCCGAAGCAUAUUUCCAGCUAUUUCGCUCCCAUCAACAAAUCUCCGCGCCGCCGAUACCCAAUCUUCAAUAAAUUGAACAAACAACACCCAAAUCCAGAGCACGCGCAAGAAGAAGAUAAGGAAGUCGACAAUCUGGGAGUUCAAGCUGCACUCUCUACGCUCAGAUUUUACAAAACAGGGGAGAUCUCGCCGCUGUUGCCCAACAGUUGUCGGUACGUUCCAACGUGUAGCGAGUACUCCAUGGAAGCUUACAAGAAGUAUGGAGUUGUUAAGGGCACUGUGUUAACUGCUUGGCGUCUAUGUCGUUGCAAUCCCCUAGGUGGUUCUGGAUUUGAUCCCCCGCGGUGGUUUGAUGAGAGAAGUGUACCUAAAGAUUGAUGAGACAAGUGUACACCCAAAUGCAAUUGCUGCUAAUGAAUUUUGGUACCAAGUACAUACAGAUGGUGAAUUUCAGUUUUACAAACACUAGAGGGAUUUGAUGUUGAAGGUAAGAAAGAGAAAUUGGUGUGUAUAUGAAGCUAGUGAACAUCUUAUUUAUAUUGCAUAGAAAGAAAAAGAUUGUUUUUUUUUCA